AUGGUGGAUCCUUUGAAAAUCUUCUGGGUUCUAACUAAUAGCACCUAUCUUGUGACGAAAUUCAUUCGUAUCGGCAUCGCAGACAAGAAUGAUAACCCUCCAUACUUCGACAAGGAGCUGUACGAAGCAGAAGUGGACGAGAAUGAAGACAUCCAACAUACUGUACUUACAGUUACCGCCAAAGAUCACGAUGAAUGGGCUUGUGUAACCACUAGAUAUAAAUAUCGAAUAGACUGUGAUAUUGGUCGCAAAUCACAAGACAUAUCCGAUAUCGCUUAUAAAGUGAACGAAAAUUUUCCAAUAAAGCUCUAUUGA